ACGAGUCGAUCUCGCUGUAUACGCUUGUCAUCCAGGGAGGGAAGUAACCUUAUCAAAUGCGCAUUGUGGCAUUUUAGCGCCUUUUCUGCGACAGGGUCGCUGUCGUUCUCAACUCACCAUGGUGUUCGAGACUUUAGUCAGUGAUCUCUUGAACAGGUUCAUAGGAGAUUAUGUGGAAAACUUGGAUAAGUCGCAGCUCAAGAUUGGCAUAUGGGGAGGAAAUGUGGUGUUGGAAAAUCUGAGAGUGAAAGAAAAUGCUUUGAGCGAGUUUGAUGUCCCUUUCAAAGUGAAGGCUGGUCAGAUUGGUAAACUGACUCUGAAGAUCCCUUGGAAAAACCUGUACAAUGAGGCAGUGGUGGCUACAUUAGAUGGAUUAUACCUUCUGGUGGUUCCAGGUGCAACAAUUAAAUAUGAUCCAGUUAAAGAAGAGCAUUACCAGCAGGAGGCCAAACAGAAGGAGCUUCAGCGCAUUGAGGAAACCCUGCAGCUGGUUGCACGCAGAGGCUCUCAGGCUGGAGAGUUUGUGUUUAAUCUGGAGAGUUAUGUGUAUAAGAAUCCACCACAGGACAAAGGACGUAAGCUUAAAAAGCGUAAAAAACCCUUUAGGAGAUCUAAAAAGUAUGAACAUAAAGCAGAGAAGCCCCAGGAAGAAAAGAAGGACACAUUUGCUGAGAAACUGGCUACACAGGUUAUCAAAAACCUCCAGGUCAAAAUCACCAGCAUUCACAUCAGAUAUGAGGAUGAUGUAUCAGAUCCUCAAAGACCUCUUGCUAUGGGCAUGACUCUUUCAGAACUCAGUCUACAGACAGCAGAUGAGAACUGGAAGCCUUGCAUUCUGAAUGAAGCAGCCAAGAUCAUCUACAAGCUGGGCCGCCUGGAGUGUUUUUGUGCCUAUUGGAAUGUGAACGGCCCAAUCUUCUACAGAGGCUCAUGGGAAGAAAUAGUGGACAAGCUGAAAGUGGGAAUCAGCACAAAAAAUGAGGAACUGAAAGGCUAUCAGUACAUUUUCAAACCCAUAUUUGCUUCUGCAAGGAUGUGCAUCAACCCUAAUGCUGAAGUUGAGCUAAAAUCACCAAAAGCAAACCUGCACCUUGAGGUUCAGAACAUCGCAAUUGAGAUGACCAAGCCACAGUACAUGUCUAUGGUGGAUCUGUUGGAGUCUAUAGACUGCAUGGUGAAGAAUAGCCCCUACAGAAAGUUUAGGCCUGAUGUUCCAGUCCACAGAAAUGCCAGGCAAUGGUGGAAAUACAGCAUCAGCAGUAUACUGGAAGUGCAUAUCAGGCACUUUAACCAGAUGUGGGACUGGAACAACAUCAAGAAGCACAGGCACACACUUAAGGCUUACAAAGCUGCAUACAAAAUCAAACUCACACAGGGUAAAGUCCGAGAAGACACGGAGAAACAGAUCCAGGAGCUGGAGAAAGUUCUGGAUGUGUUCAACAUUGUAUUGGCCAGACAGCAGAUUCAGAUGGAGGUGGUUCGGUCAGGACAGAAGCUGGUUGCUAAAAAGGCUGCCACUCAGAAACAAAGUGGAGGAGGCUUCUUCAGCAGCUUUUUUGGCAAGAAAGAAGGGAAGAAGAAAGAGGAAGAGGAAGAUAAAGAGCCUGAGAAUAUUGAUUCCAUCAUGACUCCUGAAGAGAAAACGAAACUCUACACAGCCAUUGGCUACAGCGGGAGCUCUCAUAACCUUGCCUUACCAAAACACUAUGUAGCUGUGAUUGUCAAUUUUAAACUGUUGAGCACCUCAGUAACAUUCAGAGAGGAGCCUGGCGUUCCAGAGAUCCUCAAAGUGCAAAUGAUUGACCUCAGUACGUCCAUCUCACAGAGACCAGGAGCACAGGCCAUCAGAGUUGAGGCUAAGCUGGAGCACUGGUACGUGACUGGUCUGCAGCAGCAGGGGGAGGUGCCGUCUCUCAUAGCAUCAGUCGGAGACUCUGACUCCUCUCUGCUCAGCGUGCUCUUUGAGCUCAAUCCAGAAGACAGCCCUGCUGACCAGCUUCUCAGAGUCCACUCACAGCCUGUAGAGAUCAUCUAUGAUGCUCUGACUGUCAUCAGCAUCACAGAAUUCUUUAAGAUGGGAAAAAGAGUUGAUCUGGAGGUCAUCACCUCAGCAACACUCAGCAAACUUGAGGAGAUCAAAGAGAAGACAGCCAGUGGGUUGUCUCACAUUAUUGAGACACGUAAGGUGCUGGACUUGAGGAUCGAUCUAAAACCCUCCUACCUGCUGCUUCCCAAGUCUGGAUUCUAUGAUAGCAAAUCAGACCUCAUGAUCGUUGAUUUUGGUUACCUGCAGUUGAACAGUGUAGACCAGGGCAGCCAUCAGCAGGUAUCUGCCAGUUUCUCAUCGCUAGAGGAAAUCAUGGAUAGAGCCUAUGAAAGAUAUUCCUUGGAGCUCCGCAGUGUCCAGAUACUCUACAGCAAAUCAGGAGAGAAAUGGAAAAAUGCUCGUGUUAAAGGCUUCACCCAUCAGCACAUCCUGCAACCGAUGGACGUCACACUUCAACUUGCUAAAUGUAUGGUGGAAAAAGAUUCCCGUAUGCCCAGGUUCAAAGUAUCAGGGGAGCUGCCCUUACUUCAUGUGAAGAUUUCUGAUCAGAAGAUCCAGGGUGUUCUGGAGCUGGUGGACAGUAUUCCUCUCCCUCAGACUACCUCAAGCCCCCCUAGCACCCCCACAGAAAAGGUUUUGGGGAUGCCGCUGUCUGAUGCCAGGCCAAAGGUUUUGGGUUUAGACCCCACAGUUCUGUCCUAUACAGUGGAAUCAGACUCUGAAGAAGACACCAGUGAGAAGUCUGCAGAUGAAGACUCUCUCAGAUCAACCUUAGAGGAACUGACCGAAGUGCAGUUUCAGUUUGAAGUCAAAGCAGUGUUGUUGGAGCUUACGAGGCAGGCCGCUCAGGAGGAUGUCGUAUUGGCUUUCAAUGUGUCUCAACUGGGUGCAGAGGGCAAGAUACGGACCUUUGAUCUCACCGUCACAUCUUACCUGCGCAAGAUCAGCCUGGACUACUGCGAGAUAAAAGAUGCGCAAAAUCAGCCACUUCAUCUAAUUACCUCUUCAGACAAGCAUGGCUCUGAUCUAUUGAAAGUGGAGUACAUCAAAGCUGAUGUUAAUGGACCCAGCUUCCACACCAUAUUUAAUAAUACAGAACAAGCACUGAAGGUGGAGUUUUCCUCACUGGACUUCCUGCUGCACACUAAAGCUUUGCUGUCUUCCAUCAACUACAUGAAUUCAGCAAUACCACAAGACCUCACAGCUUCAAAAGACAGAGAAACCAAGAGACGGGCUGAGAGAGCAGCAGCAGGGAAGACGGUGUCUAAGGGUUCGAAGGACUCUGGUGUUGUGAACUUUAAGCUGUCUGCCGUACUCUGCUCUUUCAGAGUGGCUGUUUGUGAUGACAGAAGCAACAUUGCUGACAUCCGGGUUCAAGGCAUUGACGCGUCUGUGGUGGUCCAGGCCAAAGAAACAGACGUUUUUGCCCGUCUGCGUGACAUUGUGGUUCUUGAUGUGGACCCUAAGACUAUCCAUAAGAAGGCGGUGUCAAUCGUUGGAGAAGAGGUGUUCAGCUUUAAGAUGACAUUGUAUCCUGGGGCCACUGAAGGUGAAGGAUACACUGACACCUCCAAAGUGGAUGGGAAAGUUAUCCUGAGACUUGGCUGUAUCCAGAUCGUCUACCUGCAUAAGUUCCUUACGUCUUUAUUGAUGUUUGUGGAUAACUUCCAGACAGCUAAAGAGGCUCUCAGUGCCGCCACGGCUCAGGCCGCAGAGAAAGCAGCUUCCAGUGUGAGGGAUUUCGCUCAGAAGAGCUUCAGACUUGCCAUGGACAUCAGGCUGAAGGCCCCCCUUAUCAUAAUCCCUCAGUCCUCCACAUCCCAUAAUGCUGUGGAGGUGGACCUGGGUCUCAUUACUGUGGGAAACAGCUUCUCACUGCUGGCAGCUGAGGACUUCCCAUUGCCUGCAGUUUUGGAGACCAUGGAUGUAAAACUCACACAACUCAAACUGUCUAGGACUGUUCUGAAGCGCGAUGCUGCUCAUUUAGAUGUUGAGAUUCUGGAGCCCAUAAAUCUAGAGCUUUUAGUCAAGCGUAAUUUGGCCACCACUUGGUACAACAAAAUUCCUGGAAUGGAGGUCAAUGGAGUACUUAAGUCAAUGAACAUGGCUCUUGGCCAGGAGGAUGUUGUGGUCCUCAUGAGAAUCUUAGCAGAGAACAUUGGCGAGGGAAGCAGGGCUGCUGCAGUGGAGGGAAUGAAAGCUUCUGCUAAAAAUGAAGCUGUAGAUGAAGGACUGAUCGAAACACUACCUGUGGGGACAGGGAGUCAACCUGCAUUGACCAAUGGUGCUUUCAGUGAAAAUGUUGUCAAUGUGCUGCUCAAUUUUGAAAUCAAGGAGGUUAUGCUAAGGUUGAAAAAGUCCAAAAAUGGGAAAGAGUAUCCCUUUUUGGUUCUCCAUGUAGCUCAGCUUGGAAUUGACACCAAAGUUCGAAAAUACGACAUGGAGGCCACAACAUACAUUAAAAACAUCUCCAUGAAGUGCCUAGAGUUCCUUGAUUCAAAUGGAGAACCGCACUGUAUAAUCAGUUCCUCCGCAGAGUCAGGAGCAGAUCUUCUUGAAGUCAAGUAUUUUCAGGCUGAUCGAAAUGGGCCAAACUUCGCAAGCCUUUACCAGAAUACUGAGCAGAAGAUCAAUGUGGUGUUCUCCUCUCUAGACCUGAUGUUACACACUGAGGCUCUCCUCUCUACCAUGGACUUCCUGUCUGCUGCCCUGUCCAACAGCAGUCUGCCCUCACCUGAGAGAGAGAGCAAAAAGAGUGAAGAUAUGAGAACUACCUCAGCUAAAUCCACUGCACUGAGUUCUCCCUCUGAUGGUGACGUCAUUGACCUGAUGGUGAACAUGCAGCUUGGUGCAUUUAAUGUGUUGGUUUGUGACCAAAAAAGCAACAUGGCAGACAUCAAAAUUCAGGGUUUGGACGGUUUUCUAAAGAUGCAAGGAACUCAGACACACAUGUACACACGUUUGCGCGACUUCAUCAUCAUGAAUGUGGAUCCUAAAACAAUUCACAAGAAGGCCAUCUCCAUUGUAGGCGAUGAGGUGUUCAGCUUCAGCAUGAGUCUGACACCCAAAGCCACUGAGGGGGCUGGGUAUACAGAUACUUCGAAGGUUGAUGGCAAAGUGAAACUCAACGUGGGCUGUAUUCAAGUGGUCUACCUUCACAAAUUUGUCAUGUCAUUACUGAAUUUCAGUAAUAACUUCCAGGCAGCUAAAGAGGCUGUCAGUGCCGCCACGGCUCAGGCAGCAGAGAAAGCAGCUUCCAGUGUGAGGGAUUUCGCUCAAAAGAGUUUCAGACUUGCCAUGGACAUCAGGCUGAAGGCCCCCCUUAUCAUAAUCCCUCAGUCCUCCACAUCCCAUAAUGCUGUGGAGGCGGACCUGGGUCUCAUUACUGUGGGAAACAGCUUCUCACUGCUGGCAGUGGAAGGUCGUCCGCUGCCUGCUGUCAUAGAUAAUAUGGAUAUACAGCUCACACAGCUAAAACUGUCCAGAAUUUCCAUGGAGCAGGACUCAAAUCAGCCUAGUUCAAAACUGUUGGAGCCAGUCAACCUUGUUCUGUCUGUUAAACGUAACCUGGCGGCAUCAUGGUACCAGAAGAUGGCUGCCAUAGAGGUGGAUGGAGAUCUGAAGCCCAUGAAGGUGGCUCUGAGUCAAGAUGACCUGACUGUCCUUCUGCGGAUUCUGAUGGAGAACAUCGGAGAGGCGAGCAUUGUUCAAUCUGACACACCGAUUGGCUCAGAGGCAGCCCUCAAACAAGAGAGUGUGCUUGUCAGAGCACGUACAGCGACUGGCACUGAGAUUCUUGUGGAGAAGCUGUCUGAAAGUAAACUGAGGGAGACAGAGCUGCUGGAGAGUGUCAAAUUCAGCUUUAAUGUGGAGUCCCUUGGCCUUACUCUCUACAGUAAUGAUCCUGCACAGCCCUCUGUACAUAAGGAGCUGUUGUGUUUAGGUGAAUUUAUGCUGUGUAAAAUGAAGACUUCAGGCAAAAUGUUUAGCAACGGUAACAUGGAGGUCUCCACCAUCCUCACCACAUGCACACUGGAUGACAGACGGAGCGGUAUUCAAAGAGUCACAUCCAGAAUGCUGGGAAGGCGUGAUGAGGAGACAUCAGAGCCCAUGAUUGAUGUGACAUACUCUCAGAGUGCGGAUGAGCGCUCCGUGGUCGCUGUGCUGCAGAAGCUCUAUUUGUGUGCUAGCGUGGAGUUCCUGUUGGCUGUGGCCGACUUUUUUGUGCAAGCCCUGCCUACGAGUCCACCUACACAGAGAGACAAAUCCAAUCAGCUGCCACUCAAAUAUGUCUCAGAGCCCAAAAUCCAGAGUGAACCUAAAGCAGCUCCGAGAACCAGGCUGCGAGCAGUUGUGGUGGACCCAGAGGUUGUGUUUGUGGCUAACCUGAUGAAGGCAGAUGCUCCUGCACUGGUAGCCUCAUUCCAGUGUGAUUUUAGCCUCCUGUCUGAAGACACUGGACAGGCCAUGAAGGCCAACGUCAGAAGCCUCAAAGUGCUCGCCUGCCCCUUUAUCAGGACGGAGGGUGACAAAGCCGAGACCACCGUGCUGAGACCAUGCUCUGUUGAACUUGAGACCAAAAUGCCAACCAAUGCCCCAUUAACUGGUUCAGUAACUGUAGAGGAGGUCAUAGUGAAAAUCUCUCCUAUCAUUCUUAACACUGUCAUUACCAUCACGGCGGCCAUGGCACCCAGACCUAAAGAAGAGCCGUCACAGCAGACGUCAGAUGACCUAAACAGCCUCUGGUCUUUGAUGAAUGUCGCUAAUGCAAACUACUGGUUCCUUGGUGUGGAUACAGCCUCCGAGGUCACUGAGAGCUUCAAGGAUGUGGACAGCAGUAAGGAUGGAGAGAGUUUUGAGAUGAACGUGAAGGUGGUGCAGGUCACGCUGGAGUCAGGUUUGGGGCAUCGGACUGUUCCCCUGCUGCUUGCGGAGUCGUCAUUCACCGGUACUGCUCAGAACUGGUCGUCGUUGCUCAGUGUCUCUGCAGAUAUGACACUUGAGGUGAAUUACUUCAAUGAGACUCAUGCCAUUUGGGAGCCACUUCUUGAGAGAGUGGACAAUGGGAAACGAAGGUGGAACCUUAAAUUGGAUAUGAAGAAUAACCCUGUUCGGGAUAAAAGUCCAGUUCCUGGGGAUGAUUUUAUUAUGUUGCCAGACCCUCGCACAGCCAUCACCAUAUGCUCCAAAGACACCAUGAACAUCACAGUGUCCAAGUGCUGCCUCAGUGUCUUCAACAACCUGGCUAAGGCUUUCUCAGAGAGCACAGCCUCCACGUUUGACCAUGCUCUGAAGGAGAAAUCCCCGUACACCAUCCGCAAUGCAUUAGGCAUUCCACUCAUUGUUCAGCACAGUGCAAACCUGCGUUUGACUGGCUCAUCCGCACCGGGUAAACUGCACGAAUUGGCCGUGGAUAAAAGUGUGGAUUUAGAACAUACAUCCUUUGAGCGUUCAUCACGACUGUCUGCCCUGCAAAGGCAGGAAAGCUGCUUAUUCAAUCUCAGCAUAGUUCCCUCAGGUUACAGUGAGAUUUCAAAUAUCCCUUUGGGUAAGCCUGGCCGUAGACUGUAUAAUAUCAGAGGACCCAUGCAACAGGAUGCUGUGUCUGUACUGCUUCAGAUCGAUGCCAGUGAGGGCAACAAGGUCAUCACAGUACGGUCCCCCCUACAGAUAAAGAACCAUUUCUAUGUGCCUUUUGCCAUUCUGAAGUAUUCUUCUGAACUUGGAGGGAUGGUGAAUGUAGGGGUUGCUGAGCCUGAGAAGGAGUGUCAUGUUCCCCUAGAAGCUUACAGGAGUCAGUUGUUCUUGCUGCCUGUCGGUCCUUUAGAAGAUUUGUAUCGUGCGUCCACCACAUGCGUCACAUGGAAGGAGCAGGUUCACGUGAGCUCAGAGGUUCACGCAGUGCUGCAGUGCCCCGCCAUAGACAGCAGCUUCCUGCCACUGGUGGUGAACACACUGGCCGUGCCUGAUGACCUCAGCCAUAUUGCCAGCCACGGGGAAGGGGACUGGGACCCUGCUUAUGUCAUCCACCUGCACCCAGCUGUCACUCUCAAAAACCUGCUGCCUUACUCAAUACGCUACUUGCUGGAGGGUUCUGCUGACUUCUGUGAGCUUCAGGAGGGCAGUGCGGCAGAUGUGCUGAACUCAAAUGUUGGCGGUGAAAUAAUUGAGCUUGUUUUGAUCAAGUACCAAGGUCGCAACUGGACUGGACGUAUGAGAAUUAGCAGAGAAAUGCCUGAGUUCUUGUCCAUCUGCUUCACCUGCGACACACCAGAAGGACUGACUGUGGACCUGUGUGUGCAUGUGUCUCGAGUGUGCGGCAAAAUGGUCCUCUCUGUUUACAGUUCGUACUGGAUCAUCAAUAAGACGUCCCGCGUGCUGCAGUAUCGUGCAGAGGAUACGUGUGUGAAACACCCAUCCGACUUCAGGGAUGUCAUUCUGUUCUCCUUCAAAAAGAAGAAUUUCUUCAGCAAGAAUAAGUUGCAGCUCUGUGUGUCCACCAGCUCAUGGUCCGAUGGCUUCUCGCUGGACACCGUUGGCAGCUAUGGAUGUGUCCGUUGUCCAGACAAAAACGGGGACUACUUAGUUGGGGUCAGCAUCCAGAUGAGCAGCUUUAAUCUGACACGGAUUGUUACCAUGAGUCCUUUCUACACGCUAGUCAAUAAGUCCUUGUUUGAGCUGGAGGUUGGAGAGGUGCAAAACAACAAUGGUUUCGGAUGCAAGUGGCACUACAUCUCCUCCACUGAGUGCUUGCCUUUUUGGCCUGAGGCCAGCACAGGGAAGCUGUGUGUACGAGUUGUGGGAUCUGAAUCUAGCUCCAAAUCGUUCUUCUUCAACAAGCAGGACAACGGAACUCUGCUGCGCAUGGAACAGUAUGGUGGCGUGAUGGUGGAUGUGAACAUCUCAGACCACUCCACUGUCAUCAGCUUCACCGAUUACUAUGAUGGAGCUGCACCUGCUUUGGUUGUCAAUCACACACCUGCAGCCACUGUCAACUUCAGACAGAGAGGCUGUGAGGAGUCUUGGGCACUGAGACCAGGUGAAGCUCAGCGUUUUGCAUGGGAUGAUCCAGCAGGGGUGCGGAAGCUUUGCUGGAGCUGUCAAGACCACGGCGGAGAACUGGACCUUGUAAAGGAUGAGAGUGGGCAGUUUGCUUACAGCAGCUUAGUUCAGAUACACUGGGUGUCUUUCCUGGACGGCCGACAGCGGGUGCUGAUCUUUACUGAGGAUGUUGGCAUAGUCACAAAAGCCCGGCAGGCAGAGGAGCUGGAGCAAUUCCAGCAAGAAGUCAACAUCUCAUUAAAGAACCUGGGCCUGUCAUUCAUCAACAAUGACAUCAGGCAGGAGAUAGCAUACGUUGGCAUCACCAGUUCUGGUGUGGUUUGGGAGAUGAGACCAAAGAACCGCUGGAAGUCCUUUAACCACAAAAACAUUGGACUGUUGGAGAAAGCCUACCAGGACUACAUCAACAGCAAGAGUGAACCAGGCUGGACUAGACUAGAAACUGGCCUAGAGGUGAACUUUGGAAGAUUGCCCAUGUUGAUGAGACAGCCAUUUUCCUGCACUAUCAGGAGAAACUUCCUGCCUGGCAUUCGUAUUGAGUUGAAACAGUCGCCUCACCAGAGGAGUUUACGUGCACAGCUCUAUUGGCUACAGGUGGAUAAUCAGCUGCCGGGAGCUAUAUUUUCUACUGUGUUUCAUCCUGUUCCUCUUCCAAAAUCUAUUGUUCAAGACUCAGAACCGAAGCCGUUUUUCGACGUUAGCAUCAUCACAAGGUUUAAUGAGCACAGCCAAGUCAUGCAGUUUAAGUACUUUAUGGCAUUAGUGCAGGAGAUGGCAGUGAAGAUUGAUCAGGGCUUCUUGGGAGCAAUUCUCGCCCUGUUUAACCCAGCUACCGACUCCCAGGAUACUAAAGAGAAGAAUAAGCUGAUAGAGAGGGAUCUGGAGGCGCUGCAGGCUCAGCUGAUGGAGACCUCCAUGACAGAUGCCUCGGGCCUGAGCUUCUUUGAGCAUUUCCACAUCUCCCCUAUUAAACUGCACCUGAGUCUGUCUCUGGGCUCCAGUGGAGAUGAAUCUGAGCAGGGUGAUAUGGUCGCCAUCCAGUCCGUCAACCUCCUGCUCAAAAGCAUUGGUGCCACACUCACUGAUGUAGAUGAUCUGAUUUUCAAACUGGCUUACUUUGAGGUGAAAUAUCAGUUCUACCGGCGAGAAAAACUGACGUGGGCGGUGAUCAGACACUACACUGAACAAUUCCUAACACAGAUGUACGUGCUGGUUUUGGGUCUGGAUGUUCUUGGAAAUCCAUUCGGGCUGAUCCGAGGCUUAUCAGAAGGAGUGGAGGCUUUCUUCUACGAGCCCAUCCAGGGGGCUGUUCAAGGACCUGAGGAAUUUGCAGAAGGUUUUGUUAUCGGUGUUCGAAGUUUACUGGGCCACACAGUGGGGGGCGCAGCUGGCAUGGUGUCUCGAAUAACAGGCACUGUAGGAAAAGGCUUGGCUGCCAUCACUAUGGACAAAGAGUAUCAGCAGAAACGGAGGGAGGAGAUGAACAGACCCACUAAAGACUUUGGAGAGAGUCUGGCUAAAGGAGGAAAGGGUUUCCUCAAGGGGGUGGUUGGUGGAGUAACAGGAAUUGUGACCAAACCGGUGGAAGGGGCGAAGAAAGAGGGGGCUGCAGGCUUCUUCAAGGGCAUUGGGAAAGGCCUGGUUGGAGUGGUGGCCAGACCAACAGGGGGCAUCGUAGACAUGGCAAGCAGUACUUUUCAGGGCAUUCAGAGGGUGGCAGAAUCGACUGAAGAGGUGACUAAAUUAAGGCCAGUGCGUCUCAUACAAGAAGAUGGCAUCAUACGGCCCUACGACCACCAUGAGUCGGAGGGCUUUGACCUCUUUCAGAGGUCUGCGAUAAAACAGUUGGAUGGAGAGAUCUUCAGAGGACACUAUGAAUACCCAGGGCACAGGAAAACAAACAUCCUUAUCACCAACAGGAGAGUGAUGUGUGUGAAGGAGAUCGAUGUGAUUGGACAUUUCAACAAAGAAUGGGAAUGUCAAUUUGAGAAUUUUCAAAGGCCUCCAAGCACAGAAGGAGGAGAUUUGAAGAUAUAUUACCGGGAACAGAACAAAUUGAACCUCAUUAGGAAGGAUGGACAGACGCUAGUGAAAGUGAUACACAUGAGACAUGCUGGCACGGCGGAGAGACUGCGAGAAGGAAUCGAUAGUGCCCAGUCUGCACGCAAGCAAUAUCAGAUGGCACGGCAGAAAUCACAGCGCUUCAUCAAAACGGGCAACGAUUAAAUAAGUCAGUCAUGCCUACAUCUCCUUAGUUUAAUAUACUGCCUAGCAUUCAAAGAAUUAAUCAUGUGUAAAAAAAAAUAUAUAUUUUGGCAAAUUUAUUCGUUAAACUCACUGGAUUUUUGAAUGUAUCUCUGAACUUUGGGAGUUAGAACUAGAUUUUUUUAGAUGUUUAAGCAGUAAGCACUUUGCCUUUUGUUGUCAUGUUUGCUUGAGAUAGGUCUUGAUGAUGGGAGAAAACAAAAGAGACUGUUGUUAAUUGUUAAUUAUUUUGUUAGAUUAUUUUGCACUUGCUAUAAAAAAAAUACAUCACUUCAAUAUACAACUGUAAUGUGCAAUGUGAGGCUUGUCCAGUUACCUCACUUACCUUGAUUACAAAUCCUGUCAAAAAAGGUUUUGCUCAACAAUGACACGUAUAAUACACAAAAUAUCUCUUAGCUUAAAAAUGAUAAUAUUACAAUGUUUUGAUCUCUCUUGUAUUGUUUUACAGACACACAUAUGCAUCUCUUGUCCCUUGCACUUCCCUCGAAGACAUAGUGUACUAUGACUGUGUAGUAAAAAAGUGCUGUCUGUGUGCACUUUGUAAAAUGGCAGACCACACUUGCUAUUUGAGGUGGAGACUAUGAUAUGAGCUUUGCUUUACCUCUCAUAGUUACUUUUUUGUUUUGGAAGUAACCUAGACGCGAUUAAACAGCACGUGUCUGUAUGGCAAGUAAAGAUUGCGCUGUAUUCCACAGUUUUCCCACAAUGAUCUACAGUGAAUGUAAUGUCAAAGCACCUGGCAAUGGAUCCUCUCCAUGUUGCUAAGUAACUGGGCUUCCUGUAUGUGGGUGCAAGUGACCCCUAUUGGCCUGGUGUGGGCAGGAAAGGAGAGAUUGGCUAUCCCAUGCCCUUUUGCUGUGGGUCUUUCCAUGUCCUCUUAUUUCCUAUGCAUCAGUUGACCAGACAUACACCCACAGGUCAAUGCCACUGUGUGUAGACAGCUGU